AUGGCGGAGGUCAAGGUGGACGUCGCCGACGCCGGCGACUGGUUCGGCGGGGGGCAUCUCAUGAAGCAGCACUGGCCGCUGAAUCUCGGGUGCUGGGAGGUGGGACCGCACUACCCGUUCGAUAACGGCCCGAACGGGAUCAACACGCUGGUUUCAACGCACUGGGUCACGAGCGGCGGACUCGCGGUGCUGUGCGACCCGGACACGCCGUACUUGCACGUCGGCUUGAACGCGCCGCAGAGCACGCUGUGGGAUAAGCUCGUCUCCAACCGGUCGUUCGGCGUCGGGAUUCAAAACGCGACCAGGGUGACGCUGCCGUUCAGCGUUGGCAUGUGCGCGCUGUCCGACGUGAGAGCGGCCGCGGAGGCGGCGCUCGGGACGCUGCCGCGACCUUCCGGUCCUCCGCCCGCGGAGGUGAUCCGAGCGCCGAUAUGGACGACGUGGGCGAGGUAUAAGCAGCACGUGGAUCAGAGAAAGACGCUCGAGUUCGCGCGCGAGAUUUUAGAGAACAAGCUCCCCGGCAGCGUCAUGGAGAUCGACGACAAGUGGCAGGUCGGGUACGGCGAGCUCGACUUCGACCCGGUGAAGUUCCCCGACCCGAAGCGCAUGGUGGAUGAACUCCACGCGAUGGGGUUUAAGGUCACGCUGUGGGUGAUGCCGUUCAUCGAAGAAGACACGGAGGCGUACCGCGAGGGAUCCGCCGCCGGGUACUUCGUCGACAGCGCGCACCCGCACCACCCGUUCGACGUCGUGAACGGGCUAAAGCCCGGGUUCUUCAAGUGGUGGAACGCCCCGCCGGUCGUCGCGCUCGACGUCACGAACCCGGACGCCGUGGACUGGUUCGUGUCGCGGUUGCGGUCGCUCCAGGACAGGCACGGCGUCGACGGCUUCAAGUUCGACGCCGGCGAGCCGUGCUUCCUCCCUCGAAAGUUCGAGACGCACCUGCCGCUGACGCACCCGUCGGAGUACACGCGGGCGUGGGUGCACAACGUCGCCGCGAAGUUCGACCUCGCGGAGGUUCGAACCGGGCACCACACCACGGGCACAGCGCUCCUGACGCGGAUGGGCGAUCGCUUCUCGGAGUGGGGCGUCGGCAACGGCUUGCGUUCCAUCAUCCCGACGCUGCUCACGUCCGGGGUCAUGGGCUACCCGUUCUGUCUCCCGGACAUGAUCGGCGGGAACGCGUACUUCGGACGGCAUCCCGACCGCGAGCUGCUCGUGCGAUGGGCGCAAGCGAACGCGCUCAUGCCGGCGAUGCAGUUUAGCAUCGCGCCGUGGGACGUCUCCGCGGACGUCGCCGAGUUGUGCGCGGAGUGUCUCCAACUCCGCGAGCACGUCGUCGAGGCGCUCAUCGACCUGACGCACGACGCGGUCGCGACGCUGAACCCCAUGUGCCGCCCGAUGUGGUGGCUAGACCCGACGGACGCGCAGACGUAUCGUAUCGACGAUCAGUUCGCCAUCGGCGACGAUCUCAUCGUCGCGCCGGUGGUGACCAAGGGCGCGACGACGCGGAACGUGUACCUCACCGCGGGGGAGUGGGUGGAGGCGGGGGACAUCCACGGGGAGGUGUUCGCGGGGGGGAGGUGGAUCGUGGAGAUGGCCGCGCCGCUGUCGAAGCUGCCGUGUUUCGUCCGGCGCGGGAGCGACGCGCACGCGCUCAGCGGACGACGCAGGAGAUCGAAGUAA